AUGUUUUUCGAAAUAAAUACAGUGAAAGAACUUUUUGAGUCCGAUGACGCCUUCAUCGAUGAUUUUGCUUUCCAGUUGCAUUACAGAACAACAAUCUUAAUAUUGAUAAUAUUUUCAUUUUUCCUUUCAUCAAAUCAAUUCAUCGGUGAACCAAUUAAUUGUCUCAUCGACAACGAAAUACCCACUAGUUUCAUCAAUGCUUACUGUUGGACAUACGGUACGUUUACAAAUGGUGCACAAGAAAAUGGUGAAAUUGGAAACGAUAUAAUUCAACCAGGUGUGGGAAAUAUUAAUGAAGGUGAAAGUGAAAUUAAAUACCAUAAAUAUUAUCAGUGGGUUUAUUUCACACUAUUGAUACAAGCAAUGCUGUUCUAUGUUCCGAGAUAUAUUUGGAAGAAAAUGGAAGGAGGGAAAAUGGCAAAAUUGACGCAUAAUGUAAAAUUGGUUAUAACGGACGACGGCUACAAAUUCGAAGGAAAAGAAAUCAUUAUCAAUUAUAUGAAAAUGAACAUGGGUGCACAUAAUGAGUAUGCAUUACAAUUUUUGCUAUGCUCAGUUCUGAAUUUGUUCAACUUAAUUGGACAGUUGUAUUUCAUGGAUUAUUUUUUGAAUGGCGAAUUUUCGAGCUAUGGUCUAGAAGUACUCAAAUUCAUCAACAUGGAACCAGAUUCACGCUUUGAUCCAAUGGUACGCGUAUUUCCAACAAUGACCAAAUGCACAUUCAACAAAUACGGUCCAUCGGGAAGCAUUGAAUAUUUAGAUGGCUUAUGUAUUCUCCCACUAAAUGCAUUAAAUGAAGUAAUUUACUUAUUUCUAUGGUAUUGGUUCCAUUUGAUGAUCUAUAUUUUGGUAACCUUGUCCGCAAAUAUGGAACACAAUGAAAGUAAUUUAAUUGAUGUUUAA